GUUCAGUUACAGUCAGUCAGUCAGUCCGGGUCGUCAGUGUAGCUUUAAUGGAGUAAAAAUGACGGAAGAAUCCGCAGUAAAAGUGUGUGUUAGGGUCAGACCUCUUAUUAAAAGAGAGGAGUCUGAGAGUUCAGAGCCAGUGCAGCUCUACUGGAGAGCCGACAGACAGGCCAUCCAUCAGCUGGAUGAUGAUGGAGCUCAAACCAAGAGCUACAGCUUCGACCGUGUGUUCAGUGCUGAAGAGACCACCGCUCAGCUCUACCAAGACAUCGCGAAACCGCUCGUCGUGUCAGCCGUUGAAGGCUAUAAUGGCACGAUAUUUGCCUACGGACAGACAUCUUCUGGAAAGACCUUCACCAUGAUGGGAAGUGAGCAUAACUCUGGAGUGAUUCCUCUCGCCAUGGCAGAUGUCUUCAAAACUAUUAAAAAUUGUCCAAAGAAGGAGUUUCUCCUGCGUGUCAGCUAUAUGGAAAUCUACAAUGAAACGGUCACAGAUUUGCUCUGCGACAGCUGGAAAAGGAAACCCCUGGAAAUUCGUGAAGGAAACUACAAAAAUGUGUAUGUGGCUGAUCUGACAGAGGAGCUGGUGACAUCUCCGGAACAAGCCCUGUCCUGGAUCACCAAAGGAGAAAAAAACCGACAUUAUGGAAAAACCAAAAUGAACCAGCGUAGCAGCCGCUCUCACACUAUCUUCCGCAUGAUCUUGGAGAGCCGGGAGAGAAGUGACCCAGCGUCUGGUGAAAAUGCUGAUGGAGCCAUCAUAGUGUCACACCUGAAUCUGGUGGAUCUUGCUGGUGCUGAACGAGCGAGUCAAACGGGGGCUGAGGGAGCCCGCUUUAAAGAAGGGUGCAACAUAAACCGCAGUUUGUUCACACUGGGUCAAGUCAUUAAGAAAUUAUCUGAUGAGAGUCAGAAGGGCUUCUUGAAUUACAGAGACAGUAAACUCACUCGAAUCCUUCAGAACUCUUUGGGUGGCAAUGCCAAAACUGUCAUUAUUUGCACCAUCACCCCAGCCACUGUUGACGAGACCGUCAGCACCUUACAGUUUGCUAGCGCUGCAAAGCGCAUGAAGAACGACCCUCACGUCACAGAGGUCUCUGAUGAAGGCGCUCUCUUGAGAAGAUACCGCAACGAGAUCGUUGAUCUCAAACGGCGUCUGCAAGAGGUUUCCUCUGUCACACAAACAACUGCGACCGAGCGAGAGUCGCUGUGUCAGCUUCUGCAGGAGAAAGACCAGCUCCAGAGAGAGCAGGAGGACAGGAUCAAGAAUUUAACCAAGCUGCUAGUUACUGCCUCAAAUGUCGCCCUAGUCCCUAAGGUUCCUAAGAGGAGAGUGACGUGGGGAGGGAAACUGUUGAGAUCUGCUCAUCUCCUCAAUGAAGAUCUUGCCUCGUCGGAAAUGAGCUUUGCAGAGCCGUACAUCAAAAAGAGAAGAGCUGACUUCUCUCUGGCAGAUGUGGGAGAGGAUAUGGAUGAGUUUGACAGUCGCUUUGAUUUCACUGCUCUGGAUGAACCCAACAUGGACAUGGAGAUGAGCAGCAUCACUGUCCGCAGCUCCUCUGAAGGGAGUCAGUUCUUGGACUCCCCCCGAGCGAGUGAGCUGACGGUGAAGGUGGCAUCUCUAGAGCAUCAGCUGGAGGCAGAGACUCGGAGUAAACAGAAAGCAGAGGAGAUGAGCGCUGAACUCCAGCUGAAGAUCUCUGAGCUGCAGAAGAAGCUGGAGGAUCAAGCCGCACCUUCAGAGGAAGAGAAGACCGUCUCUGAGCUGGAGAAACAGAUGGAGGCACUGCAGAGUCAACUGGAGACGGAGGUUCAGGAGAGACAGAAGGCUGAGGAGAGAAAUUCCUCACUGGAACUGAAGGUGGCAGAGCUGGAGAAACCUUCAGAAGCUCUCCUGCGCGCUCAGCACAUGUGCGAACAGCUGAGAAAAGAUCUGGAAGAGGCCAUUCAGCUCUGCGAGACUGUCGGAUUUGAGAAGGAUGCUGUCAUUGCUGAGCGAGACCUGAUCAAACACACGCUUCAGCUGGUGAAUGAAGAUCUGGAGAGUCUGAAGGCAGAGAAAGACUCACUUCAGAAAGAUAAAGAUGCUCUGCAGAAGGACAUUGAUGAGAGGAAAGAUGCAGAUGAGUUUGAGAAACUGGAGCAGGAGAGCAAAAGAGAGUAUGAGAGAGAACUGGAGGCUGAAAACUCCAAACUGCAGCAGGAGUUAAAACAAUCAGAAGACAUGAUCCAGAAACUGAAGGCUGAGCUGGUGACAAUGUCAUCAGAGCUUCAGAAGAAGACAGACCUGAACACUGAGCUACAGAGUUUUAGUGACAAGGAUCUUGUCCAGGAAGUGACACGGCUUCGGCGUUCUCUUGAUGAUGCCGAGUGUCUCAGUUUGGAGACCAAGAAAGAAUGGGCCUUCCUGCGGAGCGAGAACAUUUCGCUUAAAGAGAGAGACGUAACCCUGACUACAGACCAUGAGAAGAUGGAAGCUGAGGUGAAGAUGCUUCAGGACAAGCUGGAGCAGGAGAAGUCUCGCUUUAAGAAGAUGCAAACGGAUCUUCAAAAAGAACUAAUGUGUGCCUUCGAUGAGAACACCAAACUGACUUCUCUGCUAGAUGGAAAAGUGCCAAAAAAUCUGACAGAUAAUCUUACGUUGGAGAAAACUGUAUCUGACUUGCGUAAGGAGCUUGAUCAGAGCCACGAGAGGGAGCAGUGUCUUCAGAGUAAGAUGGAAGUGUUGGAGACCCUUCCUGUCAAAGUGGAUGAGCUACAGAAACAUGUGUGCGGUCUGUCAGAAGAGCUGUGUUCUGUUAGAGAGGAGAGAGACGCUUUGAUAUCCGCUCAGUCCAGUUUGAACGAAGAUCACCGGAGACUGAAAGACGAGACGUCUACAGCUCAGGAUCAGCUGCUGAAGAUGGAGAGCGAUCUGGUUGACGCUCAGCUGAAGGAAGCAGAACUGAUCCAACAGCUCACAGAGACGUCAGAACGGCUCCAGAGCAUCCAGACGGAUCUCCAGCACGUCACGCAGGAGAACAGCACACUGCUCGCGUCAUUAGAAGAGGCCACGCAGAAGUCGGGGCAGUUGAGCGCAGAGCUGGAGUCUGUUUGCGCUGAGAGAGAUGUGCUUCUGUCUGAGAAGAUGGAGGAAGUUCAGAGCGACCCGGAUGAGAUGGAGAAGCUACGACACGCUAUCAGCUCGAUAACUGAAGAGCGAGAGCAGCUCCAGGAGAUUCUGCAGGGCCUGAGAGACGAGAGAGACCAGCUCAAGAGGGACAUGGAGGAAAAUGUGGAGAUGAUGAUUGAGACUCAAGCAGAGCUGAGAGAGGCUCAGGAGAAGGUGAAGGAACUUCAGGGAAAACUUCACAACCUGGAAUCACAGAGAGUUCAGAUGGUCGACCAACAUGAGGACCAGAAGAACGGUGAAGAUGGACAGCUGGAUACACUACAAGAUCAGAUAAAGCAGCUGACAGAAGAGCUCAGCGCUGCUGUUGGUGAGAACGAGCGUCUGCUGUCUGAGAGAUCGGACCAUCAUGAGCAGUCAGACGUGAUGGAGAAGAUGAAAGCAGAUGUCACAGCUUUAACAGAAGAGAGAGAUCAGCUUCAGGAGAGACUACAGCAGCUUGAAAAAGACGAUGUUCAGAUGAAAGCACAUCUGGAAGAGAAAAAUGAUAUGAUUCUGCAGAUUCAGUCCGAGUUGCAAGAACAGCAGCAGCGUUUGAACCAAGAACAACCAGAUUCCAGUGAGGAGAACAACGCUCAGAUACAGCAGAUCCAGACACUAAAGGAAGAGCUUGAGACUUUAUUAGAGCAGAGAAACCAGCUGACAUUAAACCUUCAAGAGGCAUCUCAACAGGUGUGCGGUCUGUCAGAAGAGCUGCGUUGUGUUAGAGAGGAGAGAGACGCUUUGAUAUCUGCUCAGUCCAGUUUGAACGAAGAUCAUCAGAGGCUGAAAGACGAGACGUCUACAGCUCAGGAUCAGCUGCUGAAGAUGGAGAGCGAUCUGGUUGACGCUCAGCUGAAGGAAGCAGAACUGAUCCAACAGCUCACAGAGACGUCAGAACGGCUCCAGAGCAUCCAGACGGAUCUCCAGCACGUCACGCAGGAGAACAGCACACUGCUCGCGUCAUUAGAAGAGGCCACGCAGAAGUCGGGGCAGUUGAGCGCAGAGCUGGAGUCUGUUUGUGCCGAGAGAGACGUGCUUCUGUCUGAGAAGAUGGAGGAAGUUCAAAGCAACCCGGAUGAGAUGGAGAAGCUGCGACACGCUAUCAGCUCAAUAACUGAAGAGCGAGAGCAGCUCCAGGAGAUUCUGCAGGGCCUGAGAGAUGAGAGAGACCAGCUCAAGAGGGACCUUGAAGACACUAAUGGGAUGCUUAUGCAGGUUCAGCAGGAACGCAGCGGCCCACAACCAGAGACACAGCAUGAUGAACUCCUCCAGCAGAUGCAGCAGCUUAAAGAGGAGCUGGACGCUGUGAAUGAGGAGAAGAACCAGUUAAAAUCUGAUCUACAGGAGAAUGUCGAAAUGAUGAUUGAAAAUCAAGAGGAGUUGAGAGGAGCUCUUGAGAAGGUAAAAGAUCUUCAGAACACCGUUCAAGAGCUGGAGUCUCAGCGAACGCUCUUGGAGUCUAAAAUGCAGGACUCUGAAAACACAUCACAGCAGCUGCAGGAGCUUCAGGAUCAGGUAAAGCAGCUGAGAGAGGAGUUAGAGAGCGUGUGCUGUGAGCGAGAGCGUCUGCUGUCUGAGCGCUCCAUGAACACACUCAAUGACACUGACGUGAUGGAGCAGAUGAAGGCCAACAUCAGCGCUCUGACGGAGGAGCGAGACCAGCUCCAGCAGAUGCUGCAGGGCCUCAGAGACGAGGUGGAGCAGCUGAGGAGAGAACAGCAGGAUGGAGACCAGACGAUAGUCCAGUUGAGGUCAGAGCUCAAGUCCGUCUGUGCCGAGAGAGACAGUGCAUCGUCUGAAAGAACCAGAGACAUGGAGGAGAUGAGCUCCAGAAUGAGUGCUGUGACUGAGGAGCGAGAUCAGCUCCUGGAGACUCUACAGCGGCUCACAGAUGAGAGCGAGCAGUUCAAGAGAGAACAGCAGCAACAGGACGAGAUGCUGGUCCAAGUUCGUGAGCAGCUCCAGACGGCCUGUGCCGAGAGAGACCAUCUGCUGUCUGAGAAGAACAAGAGCGAUCUGGAGAACACGCUUCUAGAGGAAGUGCAGACCAGCCUAGCCUCUGUCACUGAGGAGAGAGAGCAGCUCCUGGAGAUCCUGAAGGUCAACAGAGAGGAGAAGAACCAGUUGAGGAGAGACCUGGAGGAGAAGGAAGAGACUUUGCUGCAGCUACAAGAAGAGCUUCUGUCGUCUUCUGCAGAGAAGGAUCGGCUGCAUUCUGAAAGAACCGAAAAGCAGCAGGAGAAGCUAGCAGAGCUGAAGACGGCUGAAGCUAACAUCACCGCUCUGACUGAAGAGAGAGACCGGCUGCUGGAGACACUGAAGGGUGUGAGAGACGAGAGAGAGCAGCUGAAGAGAGACCAGCUGGAAAAGAGCGAGAUGAUGGUGCAGUUGAGACUGGAGCUGCAGUCAGUUUGUGCCGAGAGAGAUCGCCUGAUGGCAGAGAGAGAUUCUGCAUGCAACCAGUCCAGCUCGUCCACCAGCAUGACAUGUCUGAGUGAGGGAGGAGACCUUCAAGAGAUCCUGCAGGGUGUUCGAGAGCUGAUCCAAGUCCAAGGAGAGCUCAAACAGAAGAAACAUCAAGUGUCUGGUCAGAUGAGUCCAACAGAGAAGCAGAAAGCCCAGCUUGAGCAGAUUCAAGCUCUCAGUGAGGAGAUGGAGUCUCUGAGGAGUCAGAGGGUGGUGCUCAGGAAAGACCUUCAGGAGGCGGCUGCGACUUCUAAAAUGUAUCAGGAUUUGCUGCACGUUACUAAGGAGGAACUGAAGCAACAGCAGAAAGAGAACACAGAACUGAUGGAGCAGAGUGCUGUGAAAGAAGCUCAGCUUCAGCAGCAGCUGAGUCAGAUGAGUGAAGAUCUCUCAGCUUUACGAGACCAGCACAACACAGACAUCCGAAACCUCCAAUCAAACCUCACCUCACUUACAAAAGAGAAGGAUGAACUCCAGAACAUGCUGAAGAGAACCAGAGAGGAGGGAGAACAACUGAGACGGGAUCUUCAGAAGAGUGAGGAGACGAGAAACCAGCUGACAGAGGAGCUCGAGUCUCUCCUGGGCAUGAAGGAUCAGCUGGAGAAUGAUAAAACCCAUGCUGAGCACGUCCUUGAGUCUUUAAGAGACGUCACGAAAGAGAGGGAUCAGCUCAAACGAGAACUAGAGGGAAAGAUAGAGAAGCUGACGCACAUUGAAUCAAAAGCAGAGCAGCUGGAAAAGCAGAAGAUCCUGCUGGAAUCUGAAGUCCAUUCCCUUAGUCAGUCUCUCAUUGAGGUGAACUGCAGCGUGUCUUCUGAUCAGAGUAACCUACAGUCCAAACACACAUCUGCACAUCUGAUUCCUGAGAUUGACGCGUCUACUGAGAAGCUCCAGGCGGCCUUUGCGAAGCUCCAGCUCAUCAUCGACCGUCCCACUGAUGCUUUAGUCGAAGUGAACCGUGACGAAUGGGCCGUGAUCUAUCAGCUGGUGCGGUUCAUUCCAAAGGAGCAGAGAACAGUCCACUAUAUACACACGAAGAAAACAACCAGACUGAACCACGUGCUGAUCAAGAUUGCGGAGACAUACAGGAGACUGGCACAGCGCUACAAGACGCACUUUGAGACGGAGGUGCAGCGUGACGUGGCCUCGUUCGAGGAGUCUCGACUGCAGGACCUCCUCAUGCUCACGGCUCAGUCUCCGUCACGGGCUUUCCGAGCGCUCCAGGAUGACUUCCAGCAGGUCUGGGAUCAGAGACUGACACAUCUGUUGGAAAGACGGCAGCAGUACCUGCAGACGCUGGAGGCUGGUCUAAGGUUUCUGGAGGACGGUUUAGCCAAACACGCAGUGAUGGUGUCAGAGGAGCAUCAGCACAGAACCCGUGAGCUGGAGCAGCUCAGAUGUCUGCUGGGAUCUCCUCAGACCGCUGCUAUCGUACAGCUGCACGAGAGACAAAUCACUCGCCGCACCAAAGCGACCGACCAUCUGAACACGUUUUAUUUUGCUCUGUUGGAUCAAUGUGAGACUGCAGCCUCACCCCUCAGGUCGGCCUCUGCCGAGUCUGAGCAGCGGCUGGAGGAUCAGAGAAGAGAGACUUUAACUCUGCUUCAAGGCCAACACGGCACCCUGCCCAAAACUGAGGCUGAGCUUCUGCAGGACUAUCAGCGCGUGUCACUGCAGCUGCAGCAGACACAGAAACAGAUGGAGGAGAUUCAGGCGCAGAUGAAGGAACUGAAGGUCCAAGCUGACACCUCAAAUCUUCAGCUCCAGGAGCUCAGUGUCCAGCUGAAGGAGAAGGAAGUCCUCAUUCAGAGCUUGCGAGACAAACUUAAACAGUCAGAGAUUCUGGCUAAGAGGAGCAUGACACCAGAAGCUGCUGAAUUCGCCGCCCUGAAAGACAAACUUGUCAAAAUGGAGCUGGAUCACAUCGCAGUCACCACAAGACAUGAGAAGGAAGUCGCACAGAUGACCUCCAUGUUGGAGCACAGAGCCGACGUCAUCCGCAAGCUGAAAGAGACUCUGAGGCAAAUGCAACAGGACGAUGAACAGUCAUUCGCAGACACCGAUGACUUCGACCUUAAAUUGGGCACAAACAGCAGAGCGGUCACAUCCGUCAAAGAGAAGAAAAUGGAGGAGCUGCAGAAGAAGAACGCUCAGUUUGAGAGUCUGGUGAGCAAGCAGCAGGAGGAGAUCAACAAAUGGAAGCGUCGAGCGUACAAGAUGAAGGAGAGCAAGCGUGACGCUCCGUGCACCCCAACCAAACGGCAUCCUCCUCUGACCGAGACCGAAGUCAACUCGCCGAAGAAGGCGUUCCUGGACUCCCCGAAGAGCAAGUUCUUCGACGUGCGCUCCAGCGUUCCCAUCACCCUCAACCAUCCCACACAGUUCUUCGAUAACUCCAGUCUGGGGACGGUGUCAGAGGUUUCCUGUACGCCGGCCGAGCCCGUCGUGGAGUUCUCAGACAGUGAUGAAGAGGAUUCCAGCUCCAGCGCAGCUCAUGCAUCAAAUGCAGCAGCAGUGGACGACUGGUGGCAGAUUCCUAACGCUUCACCGGCAAAGGCCGACGCCACCGCCAAUGCUAACGCCUGCCCUACACAGUGAUCGUGGAGCCGUUCAGCCGUUUCUCUCUCUCUGUCUGUGUAGGAAAGUUAAUUUGAGACACGAGUCCUUGGAGUGCAAUCUUUCAGCAGCUGAUGGUGCAGAGCGUUAAACGUGUCCGGAGAUAACGGCAUCUUCUGAACUCAUCCACCAUCUGUCCUGCUGUGGAAAAUCAGCUUUAUGAUGCAGCAGACUGAUGCUGAUCUUCACAGCUGGAGCUGAAACACACUGAACGUCCAGUGAGCACUAACUAAUAGAUUCUACUCUUCUGCUGUUUGUUUGUGUUUUUCUUGUUGUCCUUUUUCCUGGUUUUAAUGUUUAAUGUAAAUAAAGUCUGUUUUUAAA